GAUCACUUCUUGAUUUGCUCAGCAAGUGGCUUCCGACUUCCGUACGCUAUAUAGUAGUAUAUACUAUUCCUAGCAAUAUUGGCUCCACUCGUUGAUUAUUCUUUGGACAAAUAUCAAUCUUAUUGGUAACAAUACAAACCAUAAAAUAAAAUAAACGAAAAAAAUCAAACGAACAAGUUUGUAAAACAAAUGAUGAAACAUAAUUUGGUUUCCUAUAAUGGACAAAAGUUCACGUAAUAGUAUACCGAUUUACAUCUGCAAACAUAGUUUCCUCUAAAUUUCAAGAUUCUUAGUUAUUCUACUUUGAGUUAACAUUACAGAAAUUUAAUAUGAAGAUGCAAAUCUAGCAAAAAGGUUAAAAGAAAGCCAUGUUCACAGUUCAAAAAAAUAAAAAGCCACGUUCAGGUUCAUUGUUCGAACUUUGAACACUUAACAUGCAUCCAUAUUCGAUUAAUAAUUAGAUGCGAAAGAUAAAAAUAAUUAUUUUUAAAUGAGCAAGAAACAAAUUUGUAUUAAUGACGAUUGACAGUUUGCUAUGAUAAACAAAAAAUAGAAGAAAAACACCUGUCAUGCACCAAAAUGUCACAUUCAUACACAGUAAACCAUACUAUAUCACAAUUGACCCUAUUGUAGAUUUAUAUCAAAUAAAUAAUAUUUCUUCCCUCGUCUCCCAUACCCCUUCAUAUCAAUCUACCUCUAUAUAUAAUCUCCUCACCUCACCUCACAUAAACACUCAUCCAAAAAUCUCUAGCCAUCACCAACAACAAUAAGAACUCAAGAACAAUCUCCUCAUCGCUUGAUAAAUACCACAUUGUCCAAUCAAUCUACGUAGCCUCGGAUCAAUACACACAACACCAUUACAAUGGUGAAACAAGAACUCAAUAUCAAGAAGGAAAUGUCAUUGUCACCUUCGUCUUCUCCUAAGACCAAGAGCAAGAAGAAUAAGAUUAAGAAGUACAAAGGAGUGAGGAUGAGAAGUUGGGGAUCAUGGGUGUCUGAGAUUAGGGCACCAAAUAAAAAGACAAGGAUUUGGUUGGGCUCUUACUCAACAGCUGAAGCAGCAGCUCGGGCUUAUGAUGUUGCACUCUUGUGUCUAAAAGGCCCUCAAGCCAAUCUCAACUUCCCCAGCUCUGCUUCUUCACACCUUCUGUUAGAUGAAAAGACCCAUUUGUCCCCCAAAUCCAUCCAAAAAAUUGCCGCUCAAGCAGCCAACAAUUCAUUUGACCUUUUUGCUCCCUCUUCAUCGGCAGAUUCGUCGCCGUCCGAUCAUGAUCAACAUCCUGAUGACAUGCAAUCUUUGAUAGGGUCUUUCGUAGACAAUCGUGUGUCUUUGAUGGAUCCAUCAUCAUCGUGGUAUGACAAUGAUCAUAAUGGGAUGUUCUUCUUCGAUGAUGGAGCUCCGUUUAAUUACUCUCCUCCACUGAACACGACCACGAAUAUGGUCGAUGGGUAUUUCUACGAAGAUGCUGAUAUUCCACUUUGGAGUUUCAGUUGAUCUGACGGUCCAGAAUACAUACUUUACUAUAUAUGUUUUAUUAUUUACAAAAUUCUUUUUAUAUGUUAAUUAAUUUACCUUACACAAAAAUGUUAACUAAUUUACCCUUGUCGUAAUUAUACCUUUCAAAUUGUAUGUCAAUAUUGCAAUACGUUUGGGAGUUGAGAGGUGGGCGGGCGGCCUAGGAAGAUCACAUGAACAAGAAGCCUUUUUGUCACUUCUUUGACUUUUCAAGUGAUUUUUCCUUUUAAUUAAGUUUUACUGAUAGCAUGUUGUAUCAUUGUAAAGAAUAUAUAUAAUAUAUAUAAUAUAUAUUGCAGUAUGUUUAUGAAAUUAAUCUGGUGCUCAAUAUUUGAAUUUUGUUAAAUUUUCAACUUAUUUGCGUGUAUAUAUGACAUAUAUGCCGAGUAGGUAUGUAAUGGUUUUGCAACCCAGCACAUUAUCUUUGCACUGAAUUUCUUAUUUUGGUAAGUGGUAAACCUAGUGGUAUGUAUAUAAUUAACAAUCAUUAGUUACAAGACAUUAUUGAUAAAGAUAAUUAGAUGAUAGUGGCAAAGUUCUUUAGAUGAUGUAUAUACAUGCAAGCAAACUUUUUCCCAAUGUCUCUUCCUAAUUCAUUAGUUUUUUUGGUCUAACCUUAUUCAUUAGUUGUUUGAUUAAAAAACUAUUAUGUAUAGUACUAUUAUUCAGAGGAAUCUCACUGUUUCAUGUGCCGUGGAAAAGUUUGGUAUGGCAAAUAAUGCACAUAUUACUUGGGGACAGAGUUCAUAUCUUUGAAAAUUGAACUAUUAUAUUAAAAGUGAAAUUUAUUUUUUAUAAAAUUUAUCGUUCUCUUUUCGUUUUGCUCUCUCAUUGAGGUAUAACAGAAGCGCAGUUACGUUAACAAAUAUAGUAAUUUUAUGAUCCACUAUUAUAAUCAAUUCAAACUGAUUUUAAAUGUUCCAGCGUAGUCAAUCGAUUUAAAUCACUAAAGUAAAACUGAUUGCACUUUUGGUGUAUAGUAGCUAACAGUAAGAAACUUUACCUUAUUUUGUAGUAAGACAUUCAUAUGAUUCUUAUCGCUUCAACAUGGAAUCUACUUUUGUAGAUUAUAUAGCAUUUCUUUGUCCAAGGGACAUAAACUCCAUUACUUGGGAUUGAACAUUGAAGCCACAUGACUCGUCCCCUGCUCAACACUCUUUCGUGGUGUGGGCUGCGACGUCCAUGGGCUUUUUGGCGUGUACCUAUAAAAGUUAACGUUUAGACAAAGAAAAAUCGAAAACUAGGCAUUUCAAACCUUAAAAGAGUAAAUGGGCUGUGUUGAGCAUAUAGAAAUAUAGGUAACGUUGAUGGGGUUCGGUUAGGGCUUUUUGUAAAUAUCUUUUUUAUAAAUCGGACUACAAUGCACUAAGACCAUGAUUAAUUGAAAGUUCUUGAGGUGAAAUUUUUAUCGAAAUAUAAGAAACCGUCUCUUAAUUUUUAACUAAAAAAAGCUAAGAAUCACAUUUUAAAUAUCUUAUUAAGAACCGGUUUUUACCUUUUUUAGUUAAAAGUUAAGACAGUUUUUUAUAUUUUCCUUAAAAAUCUCUAUUAAUCAUGCUCUUAGAGAAUUCCAACUUUCAUAUCACGUAUACAGAGUUUAAUAAGUCACGUAUACAGAGUUUAAUAAGUCAUUCGGUAAAUAAAAGUAGCAAAUAAGAAAACUUGUGAUGAUGUUUUUUUGCGGUAUACUUAGCAAAGUGUUGUUUGAUAUAUAUAAGCAAACAAAAAAGGUUU